AGCCCGCAGUGCGCAAGCGCGCAACAUCUCCGCUGCCCCUCAGCCCCUUCCCCCCCCCUCCUGUCCCCUCCACGAAGCCGGCUGUGGGGCGCGCUCACCCCUGUGAGGAGGUCAGAAGCCGGGCUCGGGAGGCGCCGGCUCCACUCCCGCAAGGUCAUGUACCACCCGAGCCGGGGGGCGGCCCGGCCUCUCAGGCCCUGCCUCCGCGCGUACCAGGCUCGACCCCAGGACCAGUUUUCCCCACGGACCCUGCCUUUCCCACUCCUUUGGCCCCACUCCACGACAGCCACUUCUCCAUCAUCCCCUCUUCUCUGGUCCCCCCCACCCCCAUGUUCCCCAGUCCGCUGCCUUCCCAUCCGGCCUCUUCCCCGGCCUUCCCCACUGCCUCUCCCCCAGGUCCAGGCGCUCACCUCCCCCUGGCUGGUUAUCCCACCAGGAAAGGGGGAAGAGGGACCGGGACCUGAGCUGUACAGCGGCUGCCUGGAUGGACUUAGGAGCCUUUUUGAGGGAGCCCCCUGCCCCUGUCCUGGGGCUCUGAUACCUUUCCAAGCCCCUGAGACGCCCCACCCUUCCCCUGCCACCCCAUCAGGAGAUCCUAAUAUGGAGGAAUACCUGGCUGUCAUGUAUGAGAGACUGAGACAAGAGCUUCCCAAUCUCUUCCUUCACUCCCACGACUAUACUCUGUAUUCAUCGGACGUGGAAUUCAUCAAUGAGAUCCUGAACAUCCGCACCAAGGGCCGGGCAUGGUACAUUCUGUCACUGACUCUCUGCCGAUUCCUGGCCUGGAACUACUUUGCACAACUCCGGCUGGAGGUUCUCCAGCUGACCAGACACCCGGAGAAUUGGACAUUGCAGGCCCGGUGGCGACUCAUAGGGCUCCCCCUCUAUAUGCUCUUCAUGCGUUUCUACAAGCGUGACAAAGAGGAGCUUUACCGGACCUACGACGCCUAUUCCACCUUCUACCUGAAUUCCAAAGGCCUCAUCUGUCGACAUCACCUGGACAAACUGAUGCCCUCGCACUCACCACCCUCACCUGUGAAGAAACUGCUGGUAGGAGCCCUGGUAACCCUGGGGCUGUCGGAACCAGAACCCAGCUUGGAGGCUUGCUCCAAGGCCUGAGCCAGGAACUGGGUGGGAGCAGCACUGAAGAUUCUGCUACGCACAAGAGAAGGUGGAGGCAGCCAAGACUCCACGUCCAGCAGCCUCCCCCUUCUCGCUAACGUCUACCUUUCCAUCUCAUGCUGUGUCAUUUAACUUGUACAUCAUAAAGUUGAACUGUUAGGAGAUGGAA